GAUUCGUGGUAAAUAUUAGAUCCACUUACGAUUUUGCCAGUUACAUUUCAUACUGAAAUAUGGAAGAAAUCAUUUUUGUGUGUGUUUUAAUUUGUUGAUGAGGGACUCGGUCAAAGUGAUAUCCUUGUUCUAUGAUUUCUAUCGGUGUUGCAUUGCAAGAGAUACAAACAACAGAGUCUCUCAAAAGAAGCCAACGACAAGCAACUUGGUGAUACCGAGGAAAGUGUGUUUCUAUAAGGCAGCAUCAUGCCAGGACAGACAGUGUCCAUGGAAGAACCAGUGUGUCUGAUAGAGAAUGACAGUGAUGGGAAGCUGCACGUGGUCCGCAGUGCACUGGACAUCCUUGAUCAGAUUGACCAGCAUGUGGUGGUGGUGGCAGUGGCUGGGCUGUACCGCACUGGCAAGUCCUACCUCAUGAACAAGCUGGCUGGGAAGAGAAGAGGUUUUGCCCUUGGAGCCACCAUCCAGUCCAAGACCAAGGGCAUCUGGAUGUGGUGUGUGCCUCACCCUGUAAAAGCAGACCACACCCUGGUGCUGCUGGACACAGAGGGUCUGGGGGACGUGGAGAAGGGUGAUGAGAAGCAUGACAACUGGAUCUUUUCCCUGGCGGUUCUGCUAAGCAGUACUCUGGUGUAUAACAGCAUGGGAACAAUCGACAACAACGCCCUGGAGAAACUACACUAUGUGACCGAACUGACAGAGCACAUAAAGGUUAAGGCCGACCAGCAGGGUGAGGAGGAAUCGUCCGAGUACCUGCGGUACUUUCCUUCCUUUGUGUGGACAGUAAGAGAUUUCACCCUGACCCUGGAGGUCAAUGGAAGAUCAAUCACAGCAAAUGAGUAUCUGGAGAAUGCUCUUAAACUCAGAACAGGUUCUAGUAAGAAAGAUCAGCUGUACAACCUACCUCGCAGCUGCCUGCGGAACUACUUCUCUCCUCGCUGGUGCUUUGUGUUUGAUCGGCCAGCCAACACCGUUAAUAUGAAGCGUAUGGAGGAGCUGAAUGAUAAUGAUUUGGAGCCCCUCUUUGUGGAACAGGCCAAGAGGUUCUGUGACCACAUCUACACCGAGGCCAAGACCAAGUCCCUGAAACAUGGCCUGAGUGUCACCGGCAGGUUGCUGGGGAACCUGGCUGAGGCUUACGUGUCUGCUAUCCGGUGUGGUCAGAUUCCCUGCCUAGACAAUGCAGUGGUGGCGCUGGCCCAGAUUGAGAACUCCAACGCCAUCGUGAAGGCCAGGACCCACUACCAGAGGGAGAUGGCUAGCUGGGUGGCCUAUCCUACAGAGACCCAGGAAGAGCUGUCUGAAGUACACAGUUUAGUUGAGAAGGAGGCUGUGGCCAUGUUCAUGAACAGCUCUUUCAAAGAUGAGGACCAGCAGUACCAGUUGGAGCUCAUGAAAGUACUUCAGGAGGAGUAUGAGAAGAUUUGUGAAAGAAACUACAUGGAGUCCAAGAAGGCGUGUGAGUCCAAAAUAGAACGCAUUUUUGCCCCCAUGGAGGAAAAAUUAAAGGAUGGCUCCUACAUGACCCCUGGAGGAUACAAAGAGUACUGCCAUGACCAGAAACUAAGUAUCAGUGAAUAUAGAUCUGAGGGAGGCAGAGGAGUGAAGGCUGAAGAAGUACUGAAAGAAUACCUGGAAAGGAAGGACAGCAUUGGUUACGCCAUCAUGUCAGCAGACAAAUCACUCACUGAUGCUGACCAGAGGGCAAAAGCCGAGGAAGCGAAAAGGGAGGCAUCAGAGCGGGAGACUCGAGCCAUGGAGGAGAAGCUGGCUGUCCAGGAGAGAUUGAUAUUGGACCAGCAGAGGACUUAUGAGGAGAAUAUGAACCAACUGUCUGAGAGGAUGGAAAGAGACAGUAAAAAUGCCUUAGAAGAGCACGAUAGAGUUCUGCAGGCCAGGCUCAAGGAGCAGAACGACCUCCUCCAGCAAGGAUUUAAUGACAAAGCACGUGAAAUGCAAAGAGAAAUAGACAACCUUAAGGGGUUGAAGGCACAAGAAGAAGAGAAUAAGCCCUCAUUCAUGAGAAGUGCUCUGGAUAAUAUUGGGACUGCAGCAGCAAUGUUCCUACCUGGAAUCAUCCCCAAAAUUGCCGGAGUGGGUCUGAAGUUCUUUUCAAAGUUGUUCUGAUAAAGGUCCUGUGGGGAAUGACAAGUGAUCUUUUAGAAAAAGGCUGAAUUAUUUAUCUAAACGUUAGUGUCAUGGCCAGAGAAACAAGAGCAAUUAGUAACCAUAGAUGCAAUCAAUUGUUCUUUGCCCUGCUUACCAGCCAGGCUUAGGUUGCUGUUGUUGUGCAGAAAACCAACCCCCUACCAGAAUCGUAACCCCUUUGUGUGAACAUGCACACACUAUAUUCUCCACUGCUGUGAUGUUUUCCCUUCACUCCAUUGUCAGUAUUGUCAGUUGUGUCCUUCAGGACAACAGUUGAAAUUAUACAUGUUCUGCAUGUUAUAAUAAAAGAAAUUGCUCUUUGGCAGAA